AUGGCACAAGCCACAAGCAUUGCCCAGGCCUUGGCAGAACACGUUCCAUCUGGAAAGGGGACUACGUACGCCGAGUCCGACAGUACGACCGAAUUGAACGCUGAUAGCGAUACCAGCAUUUCUGAAAACGGAAUACAGACAGCUUCUGGAAUAACAAACAUCAUGGCGCGGUCUCAGCCUAUCAAGGAACAGCUCAAUGGCCUGUACGAAGAGAACAUAACGGCCAAGAUCUUCAGAACGGCCGCUAAUGCCCUUGUCAACAACGACCCUCCAACGGCUUACCCUGAGUACGUGCUUCAGACAGGCCCUGAGGCAGGCAAAUAUAUCCUGCGAGAGGCCUCUUUCUGGACAUGUGGUUUCUUUCCAGGGAGCGUCUAUUCUCUUAUAGAGCGACUAGUCAAGUUUCCACAGACGGCCCCUACUGGGAAACAAAAGGCAUUGUUGCUUUCGAGACUGUGGUCGCUUGGUGCUUCGUGGUCAGAACCUCUUCACGAAACAGCGAAACGGACAGACACCCAUGACAUGUCCUUCAUGAUUCAGCCGUCAAUGAGAGUCAGAUGGGAAGUCGCCCAAGACAAGCAAGCAUUGAAAUCCAUAAUCACAGCAGCUAAAGCUCUGCACACCCGUUACAAUGACACUGUCGGUGCUAUGCGGUCAUGGGAUGCUCUUACCCAACAUGGGGUUACAAUCACAAGCCUUACGGACGAUUUCCUCGUAAUCAUCGACUCCAUGUGCAACCUCGACUUGCUUUACUACGCUGCAUCGCACACAGGAGAAACUUAUCUGUGGGAUGCUGCUACAAAACACGCCAAGACGUUAAUUAGGUCGAACCUACGUCCUGAGAAAGACCCCAGAGGUAAGGUCAAGGGACCUUUUUACAGCACAAUCCACGUCUUGAAUUUCAACCCCAAGAAUGGCGAGAUAAAGGAGCGACGUACCGGCCAGGGAUACAAUGCAGAAUCGACAUGGGCUAGGGGCCAGGCUUGGGGUAUCCUGGGUUAUGCGCAAACAUUUCUUUGGACUGGCGACAAAGAAUUUUUGGACGCGGCUCUCGGAUUGGCAGAGUAUUUCGUCUUCCGCCUCGAAACUUCGCCAAACUCCGUCGAGUUUCCCGUUGAAGGCGAGAACCGGACAAAGGGGCGUUACGUACCGCUCUGGGACUUUGAUGCGCCAAUCGAGGACGAGAAGAACCCGCUCAGAGACUCGUCUGCUGGCGUGAUCGCCGCAAAUGGCAUGCUUGUCCUGUCUCAGGCUCUUGCUGGUCAAGGCCUCAAUGAAGAAAGUGUAAGAUGGAGGGACAUGGCUGUUUUGAUUGUGAAAGACACGCUUGAAUUCUCUUUGGCGACUGAGAAGGCUGAAUUCGUUCUUGGAAACGACGAACUGACCGUCACUGAUGCCGAAGAAGGACGCACGUUUGAGGCCAUUCUUAAGAACGCCACGGCGAACCACAAUGCGCGCGACCAUAAGCGGUACUGGGACCAUGGCUUGGUUUACGGGGAUUAUUAUCUCAUUGAGUUUGGUAACAGACUGCUAAAGAUGGGACUGGUGUAA